AUGGGCGCAGAGGUUAGCAUGUGCGACAACGGGUGCAUGCAACCGGUGAAGGUCGGCAGGCAGAUCUCGGAGAGGUCGAUAGUGCCUGAGAGCGAAUUGCGUGUUGUUAACAGCCGUGUGUUUGAUGUCAAAUCAAAGCAAGCUGAUGAACGAGAGAAGAAGCAUCUGGAAGAAAAAUACUUACUGAUUAAGCAAGAAAUCAGUGAAUGUGAGAAGGUCCUCGCUAGAGUUCGUGGUGUUUCCCUUUCGCGCAGCAGUGAAAUCUUCCUGAACAGCAUGAUUCAAAGACAUGAUGAACUAAGACAACAACUCAACGAGAUCCAGCACAAGUUGGCCCUGCUACCUGAUGACUGGGAUGAGAAGAUGCCAAAAACCAGAUUGAAUACCUACAAGUACUUUGAGAAUAUCCAGCCAGAGAUUGAGAUCACAAGUUUUCAAACUUGA